AUGAGCGGGACUUUGUACAUAUGUUGGUCCUUCCUCCCUGCACACUCCGGGGCUUGUUCGAGGCGUAUUCUUCGCGUUGCAGAAAGUUUGCUCGUGCUGCCAACGGGAGGAGCAGGCAUGGGCGAGGAGCGGGUUACCAUUGCGCGCGCCGGAAGAGUCUCGCUGCAGUCGCUUCCCGUCGUUUUGAAUGGCACCCAACGUAUCCUCGAGCCAAAGUACUACUCCCCGGAAAAAAUGUGUUGUCUUGUCUCGGGCAAAAGUCAAGUCGUCCUGUCCAUUUGCAGGAGACGGAAAAGUGUUGAGGGAGGCGAUGCUGCGGGAGAAAGUUCCCAAGUCAGGAUGAAAGUCCGCUCGUCAAGGCAAAAACUUUCCGUUCUGGUUGCGGCACACAUCGUCUCGAAUGCCUUCCCCUUCCAUACAUCACGUCAAUUCGAGGAGGAAUGGAUAGGGUGGUUAAUGGAAGUCAAGGCGGAGUAUGCCGUCAUCCUUUCGGGGAGAUGUGAAUGUGACCAAAGGGAUAAAGACGACACUGCAGGAAAGAACAAAUUUAUUGAUACAAUGCCUGCCCUCGACUUGGAUUACUGGUACUGCACCUCCAAGCACGAGUGCAGGAAAUGUGGCCCCGACGCCGUAUUGACACCGCGUCGUUCGCUCGAGAUGGAAAAGCAUUUGGUGACAAGAAUGUUGACCGGACGACCUCUCGUCCGCCCCACUCCGACUCAACACUUCCCCUUCUCGAUUCGGUCCCUCCUCCGCCCGGCAUUCUGGGACGAGAAACACUAUGACCAAAAUGGAAUGCUGGGACAACUUCGAGUCAAACAAUCCAGUCGGCACGCCUCCGUUUUAAAUAACGAUCACCUAUUUUCUUUCUCGCUGCCAUGCUCGUUCAUCUCCUUCGUCCCUCAUGAUAUCCUGAACUGCUGGGUAACGUCCUGUGGAUCGUUCAAAAUCAAGACUGGUAAUCCAGAUUUCCCCUCCACGAAGAGGAGGACCUCGUCGAUGGAAGGAGGAGGAUUGAGCGCGCGGGAGAUGCUCAAAGGUGGAUAUUAUUAUCAGGAAAUGCAAUACUAUGAUUUGAGGAGGAAGAGUUCUAGAGUCGUGAACGGUGCCCUACUCGACGACGAGGACCAGUAUACAGUGACGCACCCCAAAUAUUAA